AUGGCUUUAGCGAGUGGACAUUGGGUUGACAAGGACAUCGCAGGAGUCCCACCAAGCCCAAGAUAUGGCCAUGCGAUGACUGUAGCAGGAAAUAUCGCUUUCUUGUUUGGAGGAGCUUCCAGUGCGAUCACAGAGGACCAUCCUCCGAUAUAUCUGAAUGACUUUUACAUGAUUACAGUUUCACCUGAUCGAGUUACAUGGGAGCUGAUGCCUCAGAAAGGUGACGUUCCCACAGCGAGAGAGGGACACACUUUAUGUGUCGUUAAAGGAAAACUCUACUUGUUUGGAGGUUCCUCACACCCUGAAGCUGGAGAGUGUCUCCCAGGCGUCUACUGCUUUGACAUCGACGCGUGUGGAUUGAUCUGUGCGUCAGUGACGUUGAUGUGGGAGAAGCUGCAGACUGCAGGAGUGUGUCUGCGGACUCUGAGACACAGCGCAGCGGCUCUGGGAGACAACAUCUAUGUGUUCGGAGGGAUUCUGGACAGCGUCUCUACAGAUGACCUCAUGAUGUUCAACACCGUGUCAUUGAACUGGAUGCCUAUUAAAACUACAGGAGCUCUGCCUUCAGCGAGAUACGGUCAUUCAUUAGCUGUGGUCGGGGAGCAGAUAUUUCUGUUUGGUGGAUGUUCAGAGGACGGGUCUCAAGCCAAAGACAUGUGUGCACUGAAUACAGAGACUCUGGUGUGGGAACAGUGUAAGGUAAAAGGAGAGGCUCCUGUUGUUUGUGCCGGUCAAACCUUUACAUCACACCAUGACAAGGAUAUUUACUUAUUCGGAGGAACCAUCACUAAUCCAGACGGAGUGGUAUCAUCAACAAAUGAAAUUCACAAAUUAAGCAUCGGAAAGAUGAAAUGGAAAGUACCACUGUAUGUCGGCAUCCCUCCCUCCAGACGUCACAGACACACAGCUUUCAUCGUCCACAGUCAUCUUUAUGUGUUUGGAGGCAAAAAUGAGGAACAAGAUUUUAAUGACUUGAAAAUAAUGAAAUUAAUAAACCCCUCAGAGAGACAGCCAGUGAUGAAGGAGAUCUUGUCAGAGUUUGGACUGCAGGGGGCCAGUAACAGCUUCGCCCCAACAAAGAUUCCCAACGUGAAAUACGAGCUGAGUCAGUCUCCAGUGACCGUGAAGAGCUACAGAAGUGAAAACAUUCAGGUGAGCGUUCAUAGAGAUUUCAGCGCCGUUCGUGACGAGGCCAUGAACAUGAUCCACAAAGCUUUCGCCAUGUUAGAUGAGGAAUUCCAAAAACUAGACCGAGAAAAGGAAGCACUUGCACGGGACGCAGAGGCUCUACAGAAAGAGCGCGAGGCUCAAAACCAGCAUCUGCUGAGACGGAAACAGGAACUUGAGGAUAUGCUGGAGAGACACCGGAGUCAGAACGAGGCCUGGCUGCGUGCGCGAGCGGACGAGAACGACAGGGAGAGGAAGGAGCUGUGGAAACUGAGGGAGGAGGUGCUUCAGGAGCAGGAGAAGCUGAAAGAGGAGCAGUGCAACAUCCAGAAACGCAGCGAGCAGCUCCUGUCCAUAAUGCAGCAGUUCAAAGGCAUGUGAAGACACUGUCUCCAUGGCAACCGCAGAGAGACGGCGUCAUCAUUGAUGCCACUCCCUUACUGAGAAAUAUCUGUCUGAUGAUGCUUUGGUUAUUUCAGUGUGUGUGUGCGUGUGUGUGUGUGAAUUAGAUUACCUCAUCACCAGUGAUACCUGUAGAGCACAGGAUGAUUUGUGAUGCAUGUGAAAAGAUUUUUCUGAAACAUGAAGUAAACCAAGGU